AUGCAGCAGCUGCGGUUACGAGUGUGCGGGGCUGACCGUAAGCUGGCAAUCGUACCACUUUCUAUUAUCUGUCAUUCGCGCCAUCUUGCGCCUCCGACACCGUAUCACUGCCCUGUUUGCGAUGUUUUUUGCUUUCGCCAAGACCACCACUCUUCCUUUAGUGGAGUUCGCGUAGGACGCUUUAAUCAGAGUUAUACUUGUGAUUCUGCAUGGUCGCAAAUGGAUGGAGCUCUCAUCGCUAGAUUGAUCUCGGUGCAUCAAUUUUCUGCAUAUUUGCUGUGCUUCCACAUUUACGUAUCUGUUGGAGAUUCACGCAUACCAGCUCGUCUGUUUGACAGCCUUCGCCAGUAUCUUGGAACUCGUUGGUCUCUGAUUUUUAUCAGCCCAUCCAUUCCCAGCCCGCUACCAUUGGAUGGAAUGUCCUUCGUGACGAGAUCAAAGAAUUGACCGAUUCAAAAUAUCUUUAUGUACUUACAAAGUUCUUUCGCAGAGCACCCUUACUGUUUGAGUUGUAUGAUCUCUAUAAAUCCAAGUCCAUUGCUCGAACUUUCCCUUGUAUAUAUCCCU